AUGUGGAACAGCAAAUUCUUUGAGAGUGUGACAUUGAAGACUCUUGGAUUGCACGUGCAGCUGGGCCAUACACCUGGUGAACGCUGCUACAAUGCCCAGCCAGUAUCUUGUGAUGAAUUUACGGUAAUUGACGCGCACGGCAUCCAUGAUAUUGCAGUCGACUUCUGCAGAUGUGAAACUGCACAGAUCCGCUACAAGCAACUUCUACGGGUUUGGUGGUUUCCAGCUACUACAACUGAUCCUCGAACAGUGGCAACCUUCAGUGUUCUUGAAUUAUUUCAUCUACUCUCCUUCGAAUCGAAAGUAUCUGCAUAUGAAUUUUACCACAGUUUAGCAAGGAGCUCAGACAAUACAGGAACCUCGCCAAUCAAGGAUCGUUACUCAGCAUUUAUGCGAAUGAUGCGAGAAUGGCAUCACAUAUUGCAACUUAUGCGUGCUGGUCGUGGCCAUGAUCCCAUUGGUAUUGAAGCAACGUCAGACGGCGAGUGUGUGGUACCAUGCCCAGCAUGUCCGCAUACAGGAAUCAAUAUUCCUGAUGGAUGGGAGAAUUUGCCACCCAAUAUUAGGUGGCGGUAUGCGUUAUUUCUCGCCAUUGAUGCCAACUUCCGACUCAAGCGCAAGGCUAUAUCUAGUGAUGAUCACGACCCAAGUCUCAAUUCAGGAUGGGCUUAUUUUGUGGAAGAGCAUGCUUACAAAAGGUUCUUGUCCGAACGAAGUAUAGAACGGCAAGAGAGAAGCACCUGUGUCAGUCACAAUGCAGUGAAUACUGCAGACACAAAGGCGUCCCAAGGACUUGCAGCAAUGGGUGUUGGGUCCAUUGUCUGUGCACGCAGCACGCUAAUGAUGACCCAUUCAAAGACAAUGACCAUGAGGAUUGGCUUGACCGCUCAUACUCCUUUGCUGUCGAAAUCCUGA